AUGAGAAUGUCUGAUGCCAACAUAACCAUGGGAAAGAUCAUAUUUUACGAAGACAGAGACUUCCAAGGGCGCUCUCAUGAGUGCAGCAGUGACUGUGCUGACCUUCACUCCUACUUAAACAGAUGUAACUCCAUCAGGGUGGAGAGCGGCUGCUUCAUGGUCUAUGAGAGGCCCAACUACAUGGGCAACCAAUACUACCUGAGGAGAGGGGAGUACUCUGAUAACCAGCGUAUGAUUGGCGUCAGUGACUGUGUCAGAUCUUGCCGUAUGAUCCCACCGUACCAAGGUUCUUACAGGAUGAGGCUUUACGAAUGCUUUGACAUGUCCGGCCAGAUGCACGAGCUGGUGGAUGACUGUCCAAACGUCCAGGACCAACUCAGCAUGUCUGACUUCAACUCCUGUAGUGUGGUGGAUGGCCACUGGCUGCUAUAUGACCAACCCAACUACAAGGGCAGAGUGUACUACCUGAGGCCUGGAGAGUACAGAAGAUACAGCGACUGGGGAGGUGUCAGCCCGAGAGUCAGCUCCCUGAGAAGAAUCAUUCAACUCAACUGAAGUCGAGCUUUGUUUAAAUGUUUAACUGUAAUGUUUUGCCAAUAA